AUGUUCAAAGUCCCCGACUCAGCACCAUCGACACCCGGCUCACGGCGCGCCGACCAUGACCAUCCAUCAACAACACCAGCACAUCCUCCGCCGACAGGAUACACGAAUGCCUCCUUCACUCCAGCUGGCCUCCCUCCGCAAAGCGUCUAUGGCAAUUCACUCUUUGGCGAAUCGCACAAUACCUUCCACACGCGCUUGCAAUCUCAAGCACAAGCACCGAAACCCUCGUUCGCAGUACCCAGCAGUCCGCCGCGCAACCAUCAGGAAGAGUCGGACGAUGAAAUGGAUGCAGACGGCGAGAGCAUUGACUUCCCCAACAAUCAGCUACCAGCCUUCAAUUCUGCUUUCCCCUCAGCCUUCCGCAGCGUCAACAAGCCGCUACCACAGUCGACCAUGCUUUCAUCACCACGAGGUCUGAAGCGUUCACGUUAUGGAGACGUCAUGGGCAAUUCUUUGCGCCAGUCUACCGGCCUUCGCAUGGACAAGGACAGACAGACUGCCAUCCCGGGUGUCGCAAAGAAUCUGGGAAGCAAAUCUGCUGCGAAGGUGAGCGAGACGGAUGAUCUGGUCUUGCGCACCGACUCCAUCAUGGCUCAGUUGGACGCCGACAUCAAGUUGGGCCAAGGUGGUCAAUCUCCCAUCACGCUCAACCGCACAGCACAGCAGCUUGGCCAGUUAUGGCAGAAACACGCACAACUCAAGUCGCAAUCCGGCGCCAUCGGGCCCAAAUCACAAUCGAACCUCGACAAGGCCAACUAUCUAGCACAACUAUUGCUCCGCCUGCACCAUCCCUUCUCCUCCACUCCCAACACUCCGUCCUCCUACCAGCGCUCUACUGGCUACUCAAAUCUCGCCCUGUCUUCAGACCAGCCCACCUCUAUCCCCCGUGCCCUGCUCGACUGGCUGGUCAUAUACCACAACCCCUUCCCCGAUGACCUCACCGAGGUAAUGCGCUUCCGUCCUACUCCAGUCGCCCACGACCGUUUCUGGGACAUGGUCUAUGCCUGCACUUUGCGCGGCGACAUCGUAAGCGCUAUCAGCUUGUUGGAAACCGCCGACUGGUCGCAAGCCGAAUCCGCUCUUGAGGACGGCUAUGAUGAGCCUGGAUACACUGGCAACCACUUGUACGCUGUCCGCGAAGUCGUCGGCCGCUGCGUCGAUCUGCUCAGUACCUGCCCCGCUGUUACCGAGAACGAUUGGGAUGUCAAGGGUUCCGACUGGGCCAUCUUCCGUCAUCGUGUUCGCCGCGAACUACAAGACUUGCAGGACUUUGCCGAGGCCGAUAGCCGUGACAAGGACCAGUAUGCUGCCGCGCCAUUCGGAAGAGCAAGCUUGAGUUUCAGCACUGCCAGCCGUCGCGCCGAAAGCAAGGUCCCUUGGCUGAUCUAUGAGAGUCUGAAAACCUUGUACGGCCAAUUGUUGGGCAAGCGAGACGAGAUUAUGGUCGCUACUCAAGACUGGCUAGAGGCUGUCAUCUUCCUGACUGCCUGGUGGGACGGUGAAGACGACGAUGUCAUUUCGGAUGAUCUUGCUGCUAGCAGGCGUUCGAUGCGCCAAUCGCAGUCUAUCCGUCAAGUCGACGUCUCUCCUCUUUUCGCCUACAAGAAACAACUGCUCUUAGCUUUCGCCGCCACUACCGACAAGCCUGAUGAAGAUGAAUUCUAUCUCAACACCCUCAAUCCUGUCCACGUUGGCCUCGGCUGCGUUUGCGAAGAUGACAUGCAAGGUAUCAUUGGUAUCUUGAGGUCUUGGUCUUUGCCCAUCGCAUCGGCUGUCGUCGAGCUGGCCAGUGCUGCAGGCUGGAUGCCAUCUGCAGCCACCAACGUUCUGGAUGCCUUCGAUCAAGACGACUUGAUGGUAUUGAGCCAUGGCCAGCCUUCAAAAGUAGACGAGAUUAGGCGCGACGACGUGCUGAUUCAAUACGCGACCGCCCUCGCCAAGAAGGAUUCAUUCAAAAAUGCGACUGGCAAGCCUGUGCAGGAAGGUUGGGAUCUUGCUUGCCGUGUUCUGGGCCGUCUCGAUAGCUUCGAGACAGCCAAGUCUAGGAUCUCGGAGCUGCUGAACCAGAUCACCCUCGACUCUACAACACGAGUGGACAAGGUACUCGCUGUUCUCAAUGAGAUCGGCUUGCCUGACCAAGUUCGCGAGAUCGCGGAGCGCUAUGCCGAUGAUUUGGCAGCUUCUAGCCAGGACUUUGGUAGCGCACUCGUCUACUAUGCUCGCGCACACGCCUCGCAAAAGCUCCGCAGCACCGUCGAUCUCCUCAUCUCCUUUUGCUUGGUUCAGAGUGCAGCAUUCCCUCCACAAGCAAUCAUCGACUCGCAGUUAGAUGCUCUGCUCAAUGAUCAGCAUGCCACUCUUCACCAAGUCGCCCGUCAGGACGUUGCAGCUGCUCAACUAUUGGCAUCACAACUCAGUGGUUACGCAACUCUGCGUCGCUUCUAUGACCUGCGCGAUGCGGAUGCUGCAAAGGAUGCCACAGAAGCCGAUGUAGAGGAUGACGAAAUUGCUGCCAGUCGCAAGCCCGGCAUGCUGAGACCAUUGGCAAGAAAGCGUGAAGCCGCCAGAGCGUUGAUGGCUGUUAUUGAGUCUGCCGCGGAUAGUAUUCGUGGUGGUUUGUAUGACCCCGACACUCAAUCCGUGGUACAAGUCGAUGCUCUGAUGGCUUUGUUGUGCGAAGCCUUGCCUCUUAUGAAUCAAUCAAAGCAGAUCCUCAAGACACCACACCUCCUCACCUUGAUCCGCGCAAUCGAAGAUCUCGAAACAAUAACACCCGGCAUCUACGCUCAGAAUACCGCCCUCUUCACCGCAGCAAUCUCCGCCUACAAUUCUUCUUCCUCUCCCUCAACCGCUGCAACAACCGCCACACCCCCAACCAUCGAUCUGAGCAAAUCCAUCGCUGGCCUGAAACAAAGUGUCUCCUGGAACAUGGUGAACAGUAAUGGUAGCAUUGCCUCUGAAGGUCAAAGCAAUGUAGGUGGACAAGAUAUCUUGCAAGGGUUGAAUGUUAGCAGAGCGUGGGAUUGGAGGGUCGGUGCUGUGUAUAUGAAGGGCAAGAGUGUCAAGGCAGAGGACGUUAUGAGGGUCUUGAGGUGUCAAGUCGCUGUUGAGAUGGGCAGGGUGUGGAUGUAA